UCUCCCCUUGCCUCCCAAUUGCUCCUCUCUACCCAUCUUCCAUCUGCCACUUUCUUCACCAAAUCCUAAGCUUGAGUUUUCUGACAUUCUCAUCUGUCGAUUGCCCUUCUCUACCCAUCUUCUCCAUCUGCCAAUUACUACAUCUUUUUUCCCUUUUUUUUUUUAUUUUGCGUCUCCCUCUACUGAUUGCUUGCUAUACCCAUCUUUCAUUUGCCACACAGCUACACCAAAUCCCGAUUAUGGCAUCCUCAUCAUCCUCAUCCCAAAUCCAGCAUGUAAGCUCCUUUUCCUCAAACUUUAAUCUUCUAGAUUAUGGGUUUUAUUACUACAUCCUUUUCUCCUUUUUGAUUUCUAUAAAGCAUGGCUUUUGCAUUCAAUUUUCAUGGAAUUUCUUAGUUUUUUCCUGUUCAUCAAUUUGCAUGCCAUCUUCUCAGCUUUGUCUUUUAAGCUAGAGCAAGCACAAGUCACAUUUCUACUAUUUCCUUGCCUAUUCUGCCUAUUACCAAGUAAUUUUCUAGAGCUUAGGUUGAAAUUAAGAGCUUAAGAUUAAAUUAAGCACCUCCAGAUUGAGUGGCAUUAGAGCAGAUUGAGUGAUAUCCGAGCCUAGGUUUAAUUGAAUACCUAGGAUUUGUUUGGAACUUGGCUAGCCAGUGGAUUUUAGACCCGUGGUGAGACGAGUAAUGGGGUAUAUAAGGAACGAUUCUGAUUCGUGUUGCUUGAAUUUUCUCAUCCAUUUCGAUGAGAUGGUGAUCUGAUUGUUCUUGUUUCUUGCCUUCAUACUUUGUGUGAAGUUGUGAAAGUAAUCUUGCCCGUCAUGUUCUUAAGACCUUGUUUUGAAAGUUGGUCAUUUUCUGAUAGUCUACACUUGUUUAGGCUUGUUACGUGAAUAGAAUUUUUGUGUGCUCUUUUGCCACAAUUGUGAAAUCUGGGGAGUUGCAGAGAUCUUUUGUCAGUGAUCUUGUUGGUCUCUACCACAUAGCUGGUGGAGAAUUUGUUCUGUUUGUCAUAUGACCAGUGGAAGAUGGGCAACCCUCUACCUUGUAAGAGAUUCUAGGCUAUUUUAGCAAAUGUUGUGUGUUUUUCUAGAUGCGUUUUAGGAGCUGGAUUACUUGGUUUGACUUGACUCUAGGAUGACCUAAUUGAAAAUCUGCUUAGCCUCGCCUCCAUGAGCUACGAGAAUGUAUAAGGCAUCCAUGCACUCGUUCAUUAUUUAUGAUCCAUAUAUCCAUUGGAUGCUUAUCCGUCUUUGAUAGAGUUCAAAGUUUUGUUGUACUCAUCUAUACAUCCAUGCCAUUCUUGCCAACUCGUCUUGUGUUGGGUUCAAAGCGUAACCCCACAACUGUUUCUUUUGUGGCCUUGGCAGGAUUUAUUUCUAUUCCUUGUGCUUUCCGUAUUACCCCAACCUCUAGUAGCUUGUUUCAUGCGGAAGCGUAAUAGGCCAUGUCUGUUCCUAGAAAGAGUUAGUGGAGCAUUGUUUUGCCUUGGAUUGUGUGAAGCCAUUCACUACUCUAGAUGGUCCUCAAUUUGAGUUUUGGGGACAAAACUCCUUUUUAGGAGGGGUGUGCGUAAUAUUCCAAAUUUUCGAGAAUAUUUAAGUGGGCACUCCAUAUUUACUUACUGAGUUUAUCUCAUAGUUUUUCCUUGUCCACCAUUUCAGGAAGUGAAACCGAGGACGGGGAAACCACGGGAAGUGACGAGUUAGAAGGCUAGCCAUAUUGUAAUUGGAUAAAGAUUUUCAAAAUAAAUUAUGAUCUUGUAUUUGGAGAUUUUAUGAUAUCAGAGAGAAUUUUAUAAUUUGAUCUUUAGAUUUUGGUGGUAUCAGAGUGUGAUAUGAUAAGUUCCGAGCCUUGUGCAUUUAUGG